AUGUCUUUUAGCAAUUUGUUAAUGAAAAGCGGUCUUAACCAUGGAUUGCGAGGAACACCCGCCACGGUUGUGCUCAUUAGCACGCGCCAGGGCCAUAGGCUGCGUGGCAAGCCGCCCGGCGUGGCCCGUACGCUGGAACAACGUUUGCGGGAGGAGACUGUGACUGAUCCUGAGGUGGUGGCCCGCAUCAACAUUGGGUUUCCACAGCUCAAGGAAUCGCGCUCGGCCCAGCUAAAGACCCGCCUGGAGCAUCUAAAGAUGCAGCGGGCCAACAAACAACUGGAGCAACUGGCACGCAGCCAAAAGCUGAUCAUCGAUCUGGACAAAGUGCAGCAGACAUAUGUGCAGACGACCGGCCAGCACGAUCUACGCCUGCUCGCAGAUCAUUAUGGCAUCUUUGAACAUCUGUAUGGCAGCGCCUACUUUGUGCCCCGCGUGCCACUCAGCAUAAGCUAUGAGCUGGGUGGCGACACCCUCACACCGGUCUACAAUGGCAAUGUGAUCAAGCCCGCGGAGGCGGCCAAGACGCCACUCGUGAGCUUCGAUGGUCAAAGGGAUCCCAUUACGGGGAAGUCGGCGGCGGGGCAGGAUAGCUACUGGACGUUGUUGGCCACCAAUCCAGAUGCCCAUUACACCAAUCCUUCAGCGGAGUGUCUGCAUUGGUUCAUUGCCAAUAUACCCAAUGGCAGGGUGAGCGCAGGCCAGGUUCUAGCUGAAUAUCUGCCACCGUUUCCGCCCAAAGGCGUGGGCUAUCAGCGCAUGGUCUUUGUGCUGUACAAGCAGCAGGCUGCCAUGGAUCUUAGCUCUUACCAGCUGGCCUCCUCGGACUAUAGCAAUUUGGAAAAGCGCACAUUCAGCACGCUGGAGUUUUAUCGCCAGCAUCAGGAGCAGUUGACGCCGGCAGGGCUGGCCUUCUAUCAAACCAACUGGGAUGAGUCGCUGACGGAGUUCUAUCACGAUGUUUUGAAUCUAAAGGAGCCUGUCUAUGAGUACGAUUUCCCCAAACCGUAUCUUGCUGAUCAGAAAUUCUUUCCACUGAAACAGCCCUUCAAUCUGUACAUGGACAAGCAUCGCGACGAGAAGCAGCUGAACAAGGAAUACCUGCAGCGCAAGCUGGCCAAGUCGCAUCCCUUCGAUGGGCCCGCCAAGCCGCUACGCUUUCCCAAUGCCCAUCCCAUCAAGGAUGUGCCCUCCUGGCUGAAGACAGAGAUACGCAAACAGCGACUGGGCACUGGCCGCAUACAGGAUUACUAGAAGGAAGCUCCAAUUUGCUUUUUUUAAGUGUUAUAUUUGUUAACAAGUUCGCUUUCUUUUAUUUACUGGAAGUACAUGAGUCGAUAAAGUA